AUGCCCCGCCCGCCCGGGCGCCCGCGCAAAGCGACGCACGACGUCGACCUCGCGCGCGAUUGUUGGGAGUUCAUCUUUCGACGUUUUCUCGACAGCGCCGACCCGGACGUCGCGGUGCCGUCGCCGCCCGAAUGCGAACCGCCGAAUGCGAACCGGCUCGUCGAAGUCCUCGGAGGAUUCCUAGACGACGAUGAGGAUGAGCGUUUCUGGCGAAACAGGCACCAGCACGAAGAGCGGGUGCGUUUCUGGCACAACAGGCGCCAGCACCGCAAGACGACCGCGAAACGCGUGGACUUUGUUCGAACGCAAGCGCGCACGCUGCUCGCGCUGCCAUCGGUGAGCAAGACGUUUAAGGAGGUGUGCGAUGAAGGUGGAUUGUUUGCGGAUAUGUGCGAUACUUUGUGGGCGCGGGUGAAGCGAUUGGACGACAGCUUGGAGAAUGGGGACAAACAAGCGCCGCCUACGAUGACUUCGGCGCAGAAGUUGCGAUUGUUUGAGGGCACGGGGUGCCAAAGCUGCGACAAUCAUCCGCUCAUAAGCUUCAAGUGGGUGUUCUGGGGGUUCGGAGCGCGGCUGUGCCAGAGGUGCAUGCGAGUGCGCAUGGUGACUGAAGAGGUCCUACAGAGGGACCCGGAUACGCUGCCGGAACACUACCGAGGUUUGCCAUUCUCCAGCGAUAGAUACAGCGCAUAUGGAAACCCAGCUCCUGGUCGCAAGCUAUACUGGCGCGCGGACGUGGAUGAGCGAAAGUCUGUCACACGCGAGCGUCAAAAACGCCAGCGUGAAGCCGAGGAAAACGAAAAAAAAUUGUUAGAGAAGCGAAAGCGAAAGCAAUUCCGCGAGGAAAAGCUUUCUCAGCGCGAUGGUGUACGAGAGCAACGGAAGAAGGAUAUCAUUCACAUGAUGACGACGACUUUCGACGUGACUGAGGCGCAACUAGAAACGAGCGUAUCGUAUCGCAAGCACAUCGCGAUGGCGCGCCCGUUGACUGCGAGAUUUCAUCGCACGCACAUGAGACAGAUUUUAGAUGAGCUUCCCGAGGAAUGCCGAAGAAGACGACGCAAGAACUGA